AUGGUUCAAGAAGGAGGUACAUAUCAGCUUGAAAAUGCAAUUGUAGAUUUUAAUGAAAGUCCUUAUAAGGUAACUUCACACAAACAUAAGCUUAGUAUGAUGCACAAUUCAACUUUUACCAAAGUACACUCGCCUGCUAUCCCUAUGAACGUUUUUGAGUUCAAGCCAUUCAAUGAAAUUCUCUCUUCAACUGCCGAGGAAGUAUCUACGGAUGUUAUUGAUCAUGUAAUUGAAAGAGGUGAUAUAAGGGAAACUGAAAAGGACGGAAGGAAAAGCAGGGUUAUUGAUCUCACUUUAGAAGAUCUUGAAAACAACCGCUUGCAUUGCUCUCUUUGGGGUGAACAUGCUGACAAAAUUGUGAGCUUUUUUGACAACCAUGACAACGACACACCUACUAUAUUGAUAUUGCAGUUUUGCAAGACACGCAUGUAUUUAGAUGCUAUGGGAGUUGCUAAUGCCUUUAAUGGGACUAAGCUGAUACUUAAUGGCGAUUUGCCUGAUGUCGCUGCGACAUGA